UAUCUCACUGCGGCCGCCCAUGUCGUCCUUCGCCACGCGCCUCAACUCGCUCAAGACGCGGGGCGUCUUCAACAUUGACAACGUGCAGGCGGGCCGCGGCCGGCGCCCGUCGACGAUCGACAAGUCCAAGCCGAAUGUGAUCGACGUGACCUGCCCGAUGACCGAAAUUGAGUGGGAAGGCUACCUCUACAAGCAGAGCAAGAUUGUCAAGACGUGGAUUCCGCGCUACAUUACGCUCAAGGACGGCUUGCUGUGCUACUACAAGAGCAAGAAGCACGCGGUGGAGCGCUCGCAGCUGCGCGGCUCGUGGCAGAUUGCAAAAGUCCUCGACACGAUCCCGUCCGGUGGCAUUGGCGGCACCAAGCUGCACUCGUCGACGCUCGGCUUUAGCAUCGUCGCGACCAACAAUCACAUCAUCCACUUUGUUGCGAUCAGCCCCACGGAGAAGGAAAUGUGGCUCUACAUGUUCCGCAAGUGCUGCGACCAAGACUUGUACCAGAAGAGCCUCGCGACCGAGCAAACGACGUCGACGCCAACCCAGGGCGAGAGCAAGCUCGCGCGGGCGUCGUCGCAGCUCUUCUUCCAGGGCCUCACCGAGCCCAUGACGGGCGGUCCCGUCCUUUUCGAGAAGCUCGCGACCAUCCUCUCGGACAUUACGCCCACGGAGCUCAUGGACGUGCUUCCGAUUUUUGUCAACCACCUCAGCCAAGACGUGGACGUCAAAUUUGACUUUGAACCGCUCGACUGCGCCAAGUACGGCUUCUCGCAGGGCAUGUACUACGCCCGCGAGGGCUUUGUGCAUUUCGUGUCGCUCUUCCGGCAGACGUUUGCCUUGCAAGCCGCGAAUGGCGACGAGUUGCCCAAGGUGUACCCAAUGAAGGACGUCGACUCGGUCGAAGUCGUCGGCCAGCACGUGCUCCUCAAGCUCAACGCGAACGAAGAGAUUCGCGGCCGGUUUGUGCACCGCAUGCAGUUUUCGCCGUCGGGCCGCAUUGCGCGCAUGAGCGUCGACUUUAAAGUCGCAUCGUCGUCGUCGUCGUCGGGCGCCGCGCGCACCCGCCCGCGCUCACUGUACAAGCUCGAGAAGCACCCGCAGAACUUUCACUUGUGCUACAAGUCGAAGCGGUCGCUCCUGCUCUCGUUUCGCGACUUUGAGAUCCUCGGUGUGCUCGGCCAAGGUGGCUUUGGCACCGUCGUGCUCGUCCAGCGCUUUACAGGCGGCGAGCUCUUUGCGAUCAAGGUCGUCGACAAGGUCGCCGGCGCCUCGAGUGCGCUCAAGGAGCGCCGCAUUCUCUCGACGUUGCGCCAUCCGUUUUUGGCCCGGCUGCGCUUUGCGUUCCAGACGCAGACCAAGCUCUUUCUGGGCCUGGACUUUUACACGGGCGGCAACUUGUACUACCACAUGCACUCGUCGACGAACGCCGACGGGACGACGAUGGAGUGGACGGGCGGUCGCCGCAUGGACAUUGCGCGCGUCCGCUUCUACGCGGCCGAGCUCGCGCUUGCGAUCAGCUACUUGCACUCGCACGGCAUCAUCUACCGCGACCUCAAGCCCGACAACGUCAUGCUCGACGACGUGGGCCACAUUCGCCUCGUGGACUUUGGCAUCUCGAAGCAGCUGAUGCAAGACCAGUUUACGGGCACGCUCGCGGGGUCGCCGGCGUACAUUGCGCCCGAGCAGCUCAACACGCAGCGGCCGCAGUACGGUACGAGUGCCGACUGGUGGAGCUGGGGCGUCCUCGUCUACGAAAUGCUCACGGGCUCGACGCCGUUCGAGGACAGCAACAUUGCGCAGAUGUACCGCAAGAUCCAGAGCCACGACAUUCGGUAUGAGUUUCACUGGCCAGUGGAGCCAGCGGCCAUCGACCUCCUCCAGAAGGUCCUGGUGCGCGACCCGAGCCAGCGUCCUUCGUUUGGCGAGAUCCAGAGCCACCCGUUCUUUGACGGCGUCGACUGGAUCGGGCUCCUCCAAAAGACCGUGCACCCGCCGUUCACGCCGUCCACCGACGACGUCUUUGCCCACGUGUCGACGCACUUCGCCAAGAUGAGCGUCGACUCGCUCGACAACACGCCGUGCGUCGGCGUCGGUCUCCCGUCGACGACGACCAAGAAGGGCGACGGCGUGGAUCUGCACAUUGACGACUUUAGCUUUUUCUACGAAAAGCCGGACGAAGUCGCGCAGAGCGACUACGCGUAUGCGCUGAUUGCCCAAGUGAAGGAGACGUUUGCGCGCGAACACAAUGGCUGCUGCCCGCCGUCGUCGGGCCCGACGCUCACGCACUUGCACUCGGAAGACGACAUUGUCGACAAUGAUCUCGACCCGGAAGUCGACCUUGUCGUACGCGAUACCGAGCUCGAGAACGGCCUCAGCCGCUGCAACAGCGUGGACUUUAGCCGCUCCAACAGCGCCGACUUGAGCCGCUCCAGCAGUGUCGACUUGAGCCGCUGCAACAGCGUUGACUUGACCGUGGUCUGCGGCGCGGCCCCGGACACGGACCGCAGCGAGCUUUAAGAGCGAUGCUUUCGACAAGUUGACAACCAAACAAGAAAAAAAGAGAAGUAGUGUAAUCGUACAACACAAUGGCCGAAUGAUAUUCGCA